UCUUGUGCUUAUGCGCUUUGUCAAGCCAGUGUGUCUCAAAUGUCCUGCGCGCUCAAUGCAUUUUGCUGGACUGUCCACGUAAACAGCAACAGAAUAAGUUUUAUAUCCGUUGUGGCUAAGUAAAAACCUAUAUUCUUUAUAGAUUGAAUUUAACAAAUGAUUUAUGGAUGUUUCCACGAAAUGGCUCUGAAAUUAGCCUUUGGCGCGAACAAUAACUUAAGUUGGCACAUUCAUUUGAUUAAUCAGUUAUUGCAAUGAAGUUGGAAGAAAAAACCCAUGUAUGCACCGACGAAUAGAAAAGAAGGGAGAACUUGGAUGACUUCCGCAUCUCUUACAAUAAAAAAGAAGAUAUGGGUCUGGAUUAUAUAUCGCUGACAAAAUUAAUCCUUGUUUUAUUUGUGGCGGUUUGCAGCUUUCUCUUGGUGAGCGGGUGUGACAGUGAGUACGAGAGGGUUAUCUCCGAAUACUGUGUGACCCAGUUCACUUUGGACAUGGACGCCCUGGAGCGAAGCCUGUGGUGCAGCUGGUCCGACACUCUUCCGCUUUACAGGGAACUAACCAACUGCACCUUUUUUGUGGCGCUUCAGAUGCGCUGCUUCUGGCCCAACCAGCUGAUAGACACGCUCUUCAUCCGUCUCCAUCGGGACUACUUUUACGACUGCGCUCUGACUGGCAGGAUGCUUCACGACCCUCCCAUGCUUAUCCUAGGGCCAUUCAUUGCCGUGCCGGUGCUGGUCACUCUGCUCAUGACUGCCCUAGUGGUAUGGAGGAGUCAACGAAGAGGAGGAAUCAUGUAACGAGGUCAUCGAGGGCACGAACAGAUCUGAGAUAGCUUUUUCCUGCCCAAAUCCUAAACUGAAACUUUAGAGGAGGAAAUAAAAAACAUUAGUUUCUGGGGAUUGACCUGAACUUUCUUACUCAGACAACUACAGCGUGUAUGAUAGGGUUAGAAAUCAUGGAAAGGGCCCAUAUAUAGGAACCAGUUGUAAGCAGAAAAAGGUUACAGCACACUAACUGUAAUCUUUCAAACAAUGUGUCGUUGUUAGAUGGAAAAUCUCUUGCAGUUUGGGUAAAUGUUCUCUUGGGAAUGUACUACCGAAACAAAAAUAAUGCAAUGAAAGUUUCUACUGUAUGCUUAUCAAAACCUAGAAAUACCAGUUCAAAACAUAUUAUACUGUACAGUAUUGUUGUGUUCUGGUAAACCAGAUAUUGGUCUGUCAAGAGAGGAUUAAGGGAUGUGGGGAUGUAGAGUGUGGGCAGAGUAUUAUAUUUUGAUGGGUUAAAAUCCCAUUUUAUGAAAUGACAAAUGAAUGCCUGCGUUCCGUGUUGCUAUAGACGAAUGAAUACUACCUGUUCUCUAUCUAUUUACGCAGAAAACUUGAAAUAGAAAAGGCAUUUGUUACAUUCAGUUUGAUAUAACCAUCCACUAUCCAAACAUGAAGGGAAACAUAACUAGCAUGACCACUCCUUCCUUUCUAAUGGGUGUAGAUCACUCAUGUUUGCCCUGACAGCCCACACCCAAAACCACAACCAUUUUAUAAUCUACUACAACCAUAACUGUAACAGACAAGAAGCACAGUAGCCCCACACCAGAUAAUAAGAAUGGUGUCGAGUAUUAUUAAGAAAUACAUUAGCAGAUGAACCUUUUAGGAACAUCAGCAAUUCUCGCACACGCUGUGGUGGGCAGAAUGAUUGGGGACAGACACAAAUGUUCCUGUGUCUUGAUUUAGAGACACCAAGUCAUGAGUAUACAAUAAUCAGUCAGCACACGAAGCCCUUGGUCCCCCUGAAGGAAAAUGGAAAAUAAGAACACUUUAAACGAAUGAUUGCUUUAAAUCAUAAGUCCUUGAGUAAAAUAAAAUGGAUCUUUUUCACAAAUGACUUAA